AUGUUAGCAGAUUUAGUGGAGGACAUGAAGAAGACUGAUGUCCAAGCUGCUGCUGCUGAUCCUGGACCUGAUAAUGUGCCCUGUGAUUUGUGCUCUGACAGAAAGCGAAAGGCGUCCAAGUCGUGUCUGCAGUGUCUGGUCUCCUACUGUGACCAACACCUCCAGCCUCAUCAUGAUGUACCUCCGUUUAAGAGACACAAGCUGGUGGAGCCUUCGUCAAACCUCCAGGAGAAUGUCUGUUCUCGUCAUGAUGAGCUGAUGAAGAUGUUCUGCCGCACUGAUCAACAGUUAAUCUGUUAUCUCUGCUCUGUGGACGAACACAGAGGUCAUGACAUAGUGUCAGCUGAAGCAGAAAGGAUUCAGAAACAGAAGGAAGUCGGUACGAAUUUGAGAAAGGUCCAGCAGAAAAUCGAAGCAUUUGAGAAAGAUAAAGAACUGCUUCAGAAGGAAGAGGCAGACAUCAAUGCCUCUGCUCAUAAAGCUGUGACAGAAACUGUUAAGAUGUCGACUGAACUAAUCAGUCUGAUCAAGCAAAAAACUGAAGAUAUGGAGAGGCAGAUCAGACGACAGCAGAGAAUUGCAGCAGGUCGGGUCAGGAGACUGCUGAACGAGGUAGAACAGCAGCUCAAGACCCUGAGGAGAACAAACAUUGAGCUGGAGCUGCUCUCCCAAACACACAACUACAACGACAUUCUGAAGAAUUCCUCACAACCUCUACGACUCCCUGAACACUUCAACAUAUCCAGCCGCAAUGUCCGUCCUCGGCAUCGCUUUGACCCUGUGUCUACAGCUGUGUCAAGGCUCCGAGACGAACUAAAGGACGAACUUAUCACGGAAUGGAAAAAAAUCUCAUCAACAGUGACUGAUGUGGACGUUUUACUGCCGCAAAACCCCAAGACCAGCGAGGAGUUCUCACAUUACUCAGUUCAGCUCAGUCUGGAUCCGAACACAGUGAGUUCACGAAUGAUACUCUCCGAAGGAAACCAGAAAGUGACAUGUGUGAGGGAGGAACAGUUAUAUCCUCCUCAGCCUGGCAGAUUUAUGUCUAGUGUUCAGGUUCUGAGUUUAACUCCUCUGUCUGGACGCUGUUACUGGGAGGUGGAGUGGAGUGGACAAGGGGUCUCAGUGGCAGUCGCAUAUAAAACUAUUUCCAGAACAGGAGAUCGAAGUAGAUUUGGAGUUAAUCUUAAGUCUUGGGUGUUACAUUACAAUAAUAACAUGUACACAUUCACACAUAACAGUCAAAAAAAGCAGCUGUCAGGCCCUCAGUCCUCCAGAAUCGGAGUGUUUGUAGAUCGCAGAGCAGGUCUUCUGAUAUUCUACAGUGUCUCUGACACCCCAACUCUGAUCCACAGAGUCCACACCCCAUUCACCGAGCCGCUCUAUGCCGGAUUGGGCCUGUGUUAUUUUAACACUUCAGCAAAGUUGUGUACAUACAAGGGCAGACAGGAGGAGCAGCCCCCCCAAAUGUAG